AAAGUGCAGAAAACAAACCCAAGGCGAUCACAACAGCAGCCGCGGCGGCGGCAGCAGCAGGAGGAGGAAAAGUUGGAGCUGGGCUGGCGCUGCGGAGUGGCCGGGCCCAGCGAAGCUCCCAUUCAUUAAGUCGCCAGCUGCGGAGGAAGGUGGCCGAGCGCCCGGGCUGCCCACUCGCUCGCUCGCUCUCCCAGGCACACGCCAGCCCAGCGCGCCCCGAGCCGCGCAGCUCUGUACAACUUUCUGCUCGGGAUUUGGCUCUCUUCCUCUUGGACUUUCCAACGAUUUGGGGUUGAGAGAGGAAGAAAGCAGAGGCACCCAAGGGGAGCAGAAAACACCACCGUCUGUGUUGAAAGCAGGCAGCGAAGCCGCACUCUCGGCUCCCUCCGCUCCCCAAACCCGGGCCGACCCGCCACUCUCCUGAGCUGCCUCGGCCAGGAAGCGAGCCCCGCGUCUGCGUGUGUGUCCGCUAUUGCGGGGCGUCUUCGCGGGGCAGCCAGCGCCAUGCAAAACUACAAGUAUGACAAGGCGAUCGUCCCGGAGAGCAAGAACGGCGGCAGCCCGGCGCUCAACAACAACCCGAGGAAGGGCGGCAGCAAGCGGGCGCUGCUCAUCUGCCUCGACCUCUUUUGCCUCUUUCUAGCCUCCUCGACAGAACUCUGCUCUGUGCAGCGGAUGCACCUUCCUCUGCCUCCCAGGACCUGCCUGCUCACAAUCAGGGGACCCAGGUGCAGCAGAUGCUGACGCAGUCCAUGCCGUGAAGAGUUACAAAGCAAGAAGAAAUUCGGAAGCUAUGGGCAAGGCACACAGGCCUCCACUGGGACAGCACAGGCAUUGUGAGAGAUGCUUCAACCGUCACUGCCACAUUCCCGUGGAGCCCAAUGUCUCCUGCAUGAUGAUAAACUGCCACCUGUCCUGUGGUGCCACCUUCCACAUGUGUAAAGAGGCAGAGCAUGAGCUCCUCUGCCCUUUAGAGCAGGUUCCAUGCCUCAACUCUGAAUAUGGCUGCCCCCUUUCCAUGUCCCGCCACAAGCUGGCCAAGCACUUGCAGGUGUGUCCCGCCAGCGUGGUCUGCUGCUCCAUGGAGUGGAACCGCUGGCCAAAUGUGGACUCCGAAACACCCCUUCAUAAGAACAUCAUGAAAGAGACCCCCAGUGAGGAGUGUUUGGACACAGCCCUGGCCCUCCAGGACCAGAAGGUCCUUUUCAGAUCUUUGAAAAUGGUAGAACUUUUCCCAGAAACUAGAGAGCCCACGGAGGAGGAACCUACUAUGAAUGGUGAAGCCAGCUGGGAAGAAAUGGGAGGAGCGGUGGGUGGAGUAAAUGCUGGUUUAGUGCCACAUAGCUCCCAGUUGGCCACUAAAGAAGAGAUGGCAGAACUGAGUCAAGAAGAACUCCAGGUGUUGGCCAAAACCAAAGAAGGGAUGGACCUGGAAAAGUUUAGCAAGUGGGAAAAUAUUUUCAGCAAAGAGCAUGCAGCCUCUGCUUUAACAAACUCAUCAGCAAGCUGUGAGAAGAAGAGCAGUAAUGGCCCAGGGAAAGAACAGAUUUCCAUCACCAAUAACAUGAUAGGAGAGGCCAGUGCCGAAGAGAAAGAAUCACAAGAGAACCAGAGACAGCAGGACUAUCAUGCAGCUAUGGAAACAACAGGGCUUGCCCCUUGGCAGGAUGGUGUUCUGGAGAGACUGAAAUCGGCUGUGGAUGCAAAGGACUAUAAUAUGUAUCUGGUGCACAAUGGGAGGAUGCUUAUCCACUUCGGUCAGAUGCCUGCUUGUACACCUAAGGAGAAAGACUUUGUUUAUGGCAACCUAGAGGCUCAGGAAGUAAAGACUGUAUAUACCUUCAAAGUUCCUGUGAGCUACUGUGGGAAGCGGGCUCGUGUUGGAGAUGCCAUGUUGAGUUGUAAGCCAAGUGAACACAAGGCAGUAGACACUUCAGACUUAGGGAUCACUGUGGAGGACCUGCCCAAAUCAGAUCUCAUCAAGACCACCCUCCUGUGUGCUUUGGAAAGAGAACUCAAAGGUCACGUCAUCUCUGAAUCCAGGAGCAUUGAUGGGCUAUUCAUGGAUUUUGCUACCCAGACAUACAAUUUUGAGCAAGAACAGUUUUCCUCUGGAACAGUGCUGGCUGACCUCCUAACCACUGCCAACCCAGAGGGGCUCCAUGUGGAACUCCACAGUGAGUGUGUGACCAGGAGACACAACAAGAGCAGCUCUGCCUUCACUUUCACCUGCAACAAAUUCUUCAGGAGGGAUGAAUUCCCCCUGCAUUUCAAGAAUGUCCACACAGACAUUCAGUCAUGUCUUGAUGGCUGGUUUCAGCAUCGGUGCCCCCUUGCCUACUUGGGAUGUACAUUUAUUCAAAACCAUUUCCGUCCCCCAGGGCAAAAGGCAAAAUUGAUCUAUAGUCAAGAGCUCAAGACCUUUGCCAUCAAGCCGGAGGUUGCUUCAGAGCUGAAUGAGGGAAGGAAGAGCAACCAUCUCUCAGGCCCUAGAGGAAAAGGCCAAAAUUCUCUAACCAGCCUGCCCUUGGAGAUUUUGCAGUACAUUGCUGGGUUCUUGGACAGCAUCAGCCUGUCCCAGCUCUCCCAGGUGUCUGUGCUUAUGAGGAAUAUCUGUGCCACUUUGUUACAAGAGAGAGGGAUGGUACUCCUGCAAUGGAAGAAGAAGAAGUAUUCCCAUGGAGGCACCUCCUGGAGAGUCCACAAAGAGAUCUGGCAAUUCAGCAGCCUCUUCUCUAAGAUCAACAGCUGGGAAUUUAAUGAAGUCACCUCCAUGUCCGAGCACCUGAAGACAUGUCCUUUCAAUGUUGUAGAGCACAAGACUGACCCAAUUCUUUUGACCAGCAUGUGUCAGCCCCAGGAGCAGGCCCGAGAGAGCUUGGUCACCACCUUUAGAGCCAGACCACAAGGAAGACAAACCAACUAAAGAUUCAGAUACCACCAUUCUUGAAUUUCUCCUCGGAGUUACUGAAAGUAGGACAGAGCGUGGCUUGGGGAACUUCCCUCUGUAAACUGCAUAUAGGCUUAUCUGAGUGUAUUAGAACAUUCAUUGUCCUUCAAGGUCUAAGAAUUCCCUAAUCCCUGCCUUGUACAAUUGCUAUAGUACCAUAUUGAUGACUUAUUUCCUUUCCUUUUUUAUUUCUAAGAUAAAUCAGGUUGAAGAGAAAGUAGGUAACAAGGUCAUUGAGGAAGAUAAGCCCCAUUUCUUAGAAAUGAGAGAGCAAUGAAUUCCAUAACCAGUAUAGGCCUGUGCUUUUAUUGGGGGUGGGAGGUCAGUUUAUAAGCACGUUCAGAUUUGUGGGGCAGGCAAUACAGGGAUAUGGACUAAGGUUCCGGUCCUCCAUGGUGAAGGGUUCACCGUUUGAAGGUUCUGGGGCUGAGGUUGUCUUGACAUUCAAGCCCAGGGCUGGUGUUAGUUGCCCCACUGCCCCUAAGCCAAGACAGUCUGAACACAGCCCUACAGAAUAGAGACCUUGGCUGAGCACAGUAGCCUUGAAGAGACCACAACCAAAGAAUAAAAGGCAGAAAUUAGGUCAGAGAGUUUGUUGUGCAGAAUCUUGGCAACAUAUAAGAAAACCUUGAAAAAUGAAGAGUCCAUAAGACACAAUAUUCAUGGAGAAAAUUAGGGCAAAAAGCCUCAAGCCUACAUCUAAACAUUUUAAUAAUGACUUAAGAGUCAAGGUUCUUUUCUUCUGAAAACAAUAGGUCUGGAUUAUGAAGAACAUUGCAUAGCCCAGCACCAGCAACCACUGCAGGUACUGCGGCACCAGUCACCAGGUCCUAGACACCACCUGAGUAACUCAGGGAUCUUAGGAAGGAAGUCAUGGAACAAUAGUGGUUCCCUGUCAUUGUUCCUACAUAUUAUUGGUCGUCUUCAGGUGUCAAAAAUGGGUGACACUGCUAGUUUUGGGUAACAAACAGUGAAACUUAUGAGAACAAAACUAAAAGAAAAAUACACAAUUGAAACUGACUUCCCCUAAAGCAGGGUUUCUAGGAACUGCUGACAUUGUGCACUGAAUAAAUCUUUGUCAUGAGGGACUGUCCUGUGUGUCAUAUGACAUCUUGCAGAAUCCUUAGCCUCUAGCCAUAGUACACCCACAGCUGUAACAACCAAAACUGUCUCCAGACAUUGUUAAAUAUCCUCUGAGUCACUCCUGGUUGAGAACCACUGCCCUAAAAGAUGACAUACCAGUGGCAGUAAGUUGGGAUCAGCUGUUUAGUAUAGCAAAAUCUUCUCUCACACAUAGUGACUUCAUCAGCUCCGUAUUUACUAAGUAGGUUCUAGAGACACAUGGAGAUAUUAACUUGUGCAUUGGAUCAAGUGGAGCUGGUUUGUUUGGUGUGCCUGUAUGCCCUGGGGUUAUGUUCAAAAGCAGAUUCCUUCAGCUCUCUCCCAGUGUAGCUGAAGCGAGGAAAGUUAAGCUACUUAUCUUGUGUUUACAUCCCUCUCACUUUAAUUGGUGCCAUAUUCUCAGUCCUAGCAGCCCUCAAACAAGUGAGAAAGAAGGGAAAGGAAGUCAGACACUGUGGGCGAGUAGAGAACAAAGAAUUUAGCCAACAAUAACAACCAAAAUGAGGCUAGUUGAUCUGGAUGCUUGUUGUCGCCUGGAUCUCUCUCUCUGAACAUGGUCUGACGCUGGUGUAGAUGAAGUAGGUGGCACCUCUGAGAAAAGUCAAGAAGCAUCUGAGCAAGUCCCAGAACAGAAGUAUGCUCAUCUUUUCAUUAGAAUAUGCCACUUGAUACUAUUUGGUUAUGUAACUCAUUCUUAUGGUUUGGUUUAUAUUGCACAUUUGUAUAUAAGGCAACAUUUUCUAAAAAUAGAGAGUGUGAGCUAAUAUUUUAUUCAGUGAAGAUGAGUAACUAGAAACAACUAAACACUAACGUGGGAAGGGUAGGAGGAGGGAGAUUUCUUCAGGUAUCAGCUCCAUGUAUUUUGGCUCAAGUCCUUAUAUGAAAAAAGAAAGCUCCUAAAGUCCAUUCUGGGUCUUGCAUUUUACUAGAAGAAAAGAAAGAAAGGGGAGCCAAGGGAGAUACAAACUAGGGGCUACUGUUAGAUGGGAGAGAAGUAUAGAGAAAGGAAGAGAGCAGAGGGCUUUCCUUUUGCAAUCUGGGUGGGUGGGGGCAGGCAGGGCUCAGGGAGCAAUCAGGACAGUGCCACACUGCUCUGUGGGCUGCACAGUUUCUGUCACACUUUACUUUACUUGUUGCUGCCUUCACAGCAAUAUAGAAUCAAUCAACAUCAUCAAACACAUUUUGUAAGAUAUCUAAUUGUACAUAUUGCAGAAAAGCAGGAUACCGCAGUAUAUGCACUGGUUUAUACAAACAAGCACAUUUUAUGGUGAGAGGGCAGUUGGAGCAAAAGGAAAACCUCUUAUGAGACAGAAUUAGGCAGAAGAUGAUCUGGUUAGUGAGGUAAGGCUGUAGUGAGUAGCAUGGGCAGAAAGCGUUAUCUAACAGAGGCAAGAUGGUUAGACAUGGCUUCAGACUAAGAAGCACUGAGGGGAGUGGAAAGGGACAGUGUACCCAGGAAUAGGAGCCUGGAUGGAAGAUGUCUAUGAGGAGAGCCCUUGAUGAGUAUCACCACCAAGAUAAUCAGUUCAGAGUAGAAAUCAGCCAAAGUGGAGGGAGAGGUCUGGAGAACUGAGGCAGUUCUGUAAAACUGUUGCUUUAAUAGAACCGGGGUCUGGAAAAGAAGUUUCUGUCUUAAAAUAAAGGGAAAAGUGAAAAAAGCAAGGAGGGACUUGGAGAUGUAACCAGAAAACCACUGUAAAAUUCUGAUCUGUGUGUGAUGGCAAAUAAAACUGAAGUGAAGAAGGGGGUUGUGUAUAUCUAUGAUGGCUUACCUUUGUGUACUGGAAAUCCCAACGUCUCUAUAAGCAAAAAUAAAAGCUGCUUUGCACUCUGAAA